UCUGAUGCGUGCCUAUAAUAAAUUUAUUAUGAUGACAAGUUUAUGUAAUAAAUUACAGAGAUGGUCCUAUAGCGUGCUUCAUAUAUAGUAAAUUUCUGAUGCUUGAAUGCCCACCUCUCGGCUGAGGCCACAAUCCACCUUUAUUUCUUUACAAUAUCCUGUUGCACUGGCGUGAAAUUUGAAAAGUUAGAGAAUCUAGAAGCUAGAGGAGAAAAGUCCACAAUAUCUCUGUGAAGGUUUUCAAGUUCAAACUGACAAACAGAAAUAAAGGAAAUAGGCAGGAAGUAUCCCUCCGUUGAAUAACCUUCCAUUCUGAGACCAGCAAUGUGCAUAAAUUGCCUUGUCUUUAGGAAUAUGAUCAACAAAACUAACCAUGUCUGAAGAGAAAGUACAGCUGCUGGGUCACUGGGCAAGCCCUUUUGCCCUCAGAGUCGAAUGGACCUUGAAGCUGAAAGAGAUCGAGUACGAAUAUGUUCAAGAGGACCUCCCAAACAAAAGUCACUUGCUCUUGAAGUACAACCCUGUGUACAAAAAGAUACCGGUCCUCGUGCAUGGUGGUAAGCCUAUAGCAGAGUCGCUGGUUAUACUUGAAUACCUGGACGAGAAUUGGAAGCAUAAUCCAAUCCUGCCGGAAGAUCCCUAUGAAAGAGCUCAGGCUCGCUUCUGGGCCAGAUUUGUUGAAGAGAAGUUUAUACCAGCAAUGAUGAGUGCAUUCUCAAAGAAAGGAGAAGAGAAAGAAAAGGCUGCAAAGGAAGCAAGAGAGAACCUCAAGAUUCUGGAAAGUGGACUUGGGGAAAAGCAAUUCUUUGGAGGUGAGAGCAUAGGCUUUGUUGACAUAGCUGCCGGGUGGAUUGGAGUUUGGGCUAGAAUGGUUGAGGAGAUUGCAGAGGUAACUUUAAUUGACAUCGAGACGAUGCCUCUGCUUGAUGCUUGGUUCAGAAGAGUCCUUGACGUUCCAAUUAUUAAAGAAUGCCUCCCACCUCAAGAUAAAGUGCUGGAACGCUUUAAAGGCUUUCACCAGUUUUUGACCGGAGGAUCAAGUUGAAGAAUUUGCCACCAUUUCUGCCUGGUUCUGCAUACAAUUAUCAUCAGAUUUAGCAUGUGUGUACUAUUCAUAUGGAAAAGAAUAAAAUGAGCUUAGCACAGUUCUUGUUGGCAGCAAUUGAUGAAAUAAAUGGAGACAUAU